AUGGCCAACAUGUAUACUGCUCUCGCUCGUUACCAAGAGCGCUACGCUCCUGUCGGGCUGCUUCCUGCCUACUGUGGUGCUGGUGUGUGCUGCGUGCUCGUGUGGGUCAUCUCCACGCCGCUGCGUAACGUCGGCUGGGCUUUCGGCGCGCAGGUCUGGCGCGUCGCAUGCUUGAACGGCUCGCUUUGUGCCUGUGCCAAUACAACGCAGUGCUGCUCAAUCGCGAGGUGCGAGAGCUGCAAGGCGCUGCGUACCUAUAUGUUAUCUGGGGUGCCCUCUUCGCGGUACCCGUGCGCGUCCUCGAAGACGAGGAAGAGCGCUAUGGCGACUACGGACGGAUGCUGCAUAAGUGGUGGUUUGCCGCUUACUCUACGUUCUAUGAGUACGGCGCACUCGGUCGCAUGCUACGCGAAGGCUACGCGCGCCGCUGCUGCUCAGAGUCGCCGGCGGGCGUUCGAAGGUUUCCACGUCGCGUGGAUAGUGACCAAGUUCGUGAUCUCGUUGGCGUUCUUCGCGCCGAUGGCGGCGUUCGACCUGCUCGAGUUUGCCCUGCUGGGAACGGUUGGCGUGGCUGUCGCGCUGGUAACGCUUAACGUUGCGAACUACGUCCUCGAGUGGACGUCGUACGGACCCCCUGUAACCGUGCUGAUAGUGACUGCGGGCGUCGUGACUCACAUUUGGCGUGGCUGCGACAACCAGAAGGACGCCGACGAAUUCUCGCCUACAGGCAUGAUCAUUCUCGGACUCAAGAACCUGCGUGCAAGGGCUGCUGAACGCGAACGUUCGGAGAAGGAGAGCCUGCAACAACCGCGAGGCAGUGACGCCGCCGAAGACCAAACUACCUAUGCUGACGCCAGGGACGGCGUUGAAGUGACUAUCGAUGAAGAAGCUCCUCCUCGUGCUCCUGCGGCAAUCUCUGUCGAAUUCCGUGCUGCCCAGGAACGAUCGACUCUCCUGCGACUCGAGCUCGCCCGCCUCCCGGAGGUCCGUCGAGGACGACGAACGUGCAGUCGGGGAGGAUGUCCCGUGCCGGGGUAUACCGACCCCAUGCCAGGCAUCGGGGCGGCAGACUCGCGUGUCGGCUGGAGUGCCGAAAUGGCUACAUCCUACGAGGGGUACCGAUGGUGA